AUCUAGCGACACUCACCUCUUUUCCGCGGGGCCUCAAAGCAAAGACGGGGAGAAAACCAGACACGCCUACUCCUGCUCCUGCGCUUCUGGCUUUUUAUAGCCCCUUCAGCCAGCAGCCCCAGCCUGGCCAGCUUUUGAAAACUCAUUGCGGGGGAGAGAAGCUUUGAAAGCUUCUUGGGAAAUGUAGUCUUGUAGAGUAGCCUCUUCUAGCUUUGCCAUUAGGAAGCGUGCUUUUGUUGCUCUUUGGUGCGGCCGGGGGUGGUGUAGGAUUUUGCCGCCGGGGAGAAGAGGGGUAUAUCAGCCCAAAGAAAAGCCCUGCCUUGCUCUUUUCGCUCCCUUACUUUCCUUGCGCAGCAGGCGUGCUACUCUCUUAUUUUAUUUAUCAUAUUUAUAUACCCCCGAUCGAUAGAUAAUCCAAUUUACACUAUAAAAUAAAGCCAUUAAAAUAAUUUCACCGAGUAAAACGAUUAAGUUGUUUAAAAUUAGUUUUCAUUAAAAGCUGGAGAAAACAGGUGUGCCUGAAGGAUCUCUUAUGCCACAUCUUCGCAUGAAUGCACACUCACCUGCCCCAGACUUAAUGGGAUUUACUUCUGCAUAAAGAUGCAUUCAUUGUCUUGCAAUGCUCUGAGAUGUACUGAUGCAUUGAUUAAUCCUCAAAGCCAUAUACUUGUGCAUAUUAAUAAGACAAUAAUUUUGAAGGAAACAGCGGCCCUUUUCAUUUUUAGAUGCAUACCUAUGUUCUUUGGAUUUGAAAGGACUUGCCUUUAAAAACAAUUAAACUUCUUUUAAUCUUCUGACUGACUAAUCAGGAAACUUUAAUUGAUAAAAAAAUAUUGAACUGAAGGAAAAUGGUGCAACCAUCUUUUCAGCCUAUAAGCCCACACUUCCAGCAUGCGGUUCAAACAUAAAAUGUUGCUGUAUCAAUAUGGCAACAAUACAAUAUUUUUUAUUUAUUUAUUUAUUUAAUAUACCACCCUUCCAAAUAUGGCUCAUAAGAACAGCCCUGCUGGAUCAGGCCCAAGGCCCAUCUAGUCCAGCAUCCUGUUUCGCACAGUGGCCCACCAGAUGCCGCUGGAAGCCACAGGCAGGAGUUGAGGGCAUGCCCUCUCUCCUGCUGUUACUCCCCUGCAACUGGUGCUCAGAGGCAACCUGCCUUUGAGGCUGGAGGUGGCCCACAACAGGGGGCAAGCAACUGGCCCUAUCCAUCCCCAGCACAGCAUCCUUUCAGUGGCUGUUGCUGGUGUUGAUCUUUUUAUUAUUAUUAUUAUUUUAGAUUGUGAGCCUUUUGGGGACAGGGAGGCAUUUUAUUUAUUUAUUUAUAUCUAUGUAAACCGCUUUGGGGGCUUUUGUUGAAAAGUGAUAUAUAAGUAUUUGUAUUCUAUAUUUGAAUAGUAUGCUGGAUAGGCUGAACAGAUGGUUGCACCAACCCCCUGCCCCAUCAAACAUCUUUUGAUUGAUUAAAAAGCUCCCUAGUCAGGCAGCAGAUUUAAAAAAGUUUAAGGCAAGAACUUUCAAAUCCAAAAAAAAUGUUGUAGCAGUACAGACAUAUGCAUCUAAAAACAAAGAAGACCACCUUUUCCGUCACAAUUCAUGUCUUAUUCGGAUGCACAGGUAUAAGUCUUAUUAAUGUUAUUCUCUUGUUCAUAUGCACAAGGAUAUAAUUCACCUCUUAAAUCUCAGUGCCCCGCAAGGCAAUGCUUCUUUACGCAGAAGUAAAUCCCAUUAUGUUCAGUGGGGCUUAAGUUGCAAGUGAGCGUGCAUUCAAGCAAAGAUGUGGUAAAAGAAGAGACUGAGACAUCUGCACACAAGAAAAGUGAGAAACCGAAAUGAGCCAAGGAGGACUUUUCAUUCAGUGUGUUGAUGCUCCUCUCCUCGCGGUAAAUGUUCCCCCGCCCCUUCCCUAAUAAGCGACACAAAGACAAGCUUCCUAAGGAAAAGUGGGCAGAGGCGACGCAAUGAAACUACACUUCCCAGGAGCCUUUUCAGUGCUUUUUUCAAAUGAGCCAAUCGGAAUAAGCUGUUGGUGGCAGAUGCUAUAAAAGGCCAAGGCGGAGGCGUAGCCUUCCUUUCUAUUUUUUGCUUUUUGCCGAUGUGGGGCUCCGCGAAAAGAGGAUUUAAUGCAGGGCCUUGGAGCAGUGGUGACGUGGGCAUUCGUCUGGACUUCCUUUUCUUAUGCCACAGAGAACGAAGCAGGCACAACCUCAUUUCUGCCACACCCUCCCUCGACUCCACCGCCCUAGUCCGCAGCAGCUAUGUCUGACAGAAGGAAACGUCUUUUUGGUACAGCACACAAACGGAAACGGGAUGAAAAGGAGGCUGCUCUGUCCAGACAGAAAGGAGCCAUUCUGAGGUGUGUGAAAAUAGAGUCCGGAGAUGCUCCAGGGGCAUCACUGGCAGAGUGCAGUGAGCUUGCGAGUUGUGGCUUUGAGAAGGCCACUGUGCUUUCAGCCAGUCCAACUGCAGGUGGACAGGCAGCUGCUGCCUCCACAUCUGCAUCUCCAAGGGAUGCAGCUGUGCGUAUUCCUGAAGAAGUGAACAGAUCGGAUGUGAGUGCAGUUGUGCAGCCGGUCACAAUGGCCCCUGAGUUCAGCCCUUCAUUUCUAGAAGAUCCAGGGCUGUGGACGGAGGUGAGCAGCGACCUGAGAGACUACCUCGUCCUGCAUGGUCCACAGCAAGUGAAAGCGUUCAAGUUCCCCAAAGACCCCGUCAGCCGGAGAAGCUUCCACCACAUGCAUUAUUGGCGUGAAUUACCCAAUGGGGAGAAAGUGGAGCGAUCGUGGCUCAUGUACUCCAAGAGCCAGAACGUUGUGUACUGUUUUUGCUGCAAACUCUUCCAGCCUGACAGUACUUCAUCCACCUUAGCUAGCGGGACCAAGGACUGGAAAAACCUGGCGAGGAAUUUGGCGAGCCAUGAGCGAGCAUCCUAUCACCGUGAAGCGUUCUGCAGCUGGAAGAAUCUGGAGGUGAAGCUAAGGUUAAAAGCAGCCACGGACGAUGAUAACCAAGCAAAGUCUACCUCGGAAAUUCAUCACUGGCAAAAUGCUUUGAAAAGACUUGUUGCCAUUGUCAAAGUACUUGCUGGUCAGAACCUAGCACUGCACGGGAUUUCGGAGCAGCUGUACGUACCGAACAAUGGCCACUUCCUUAAGUUGGUGGAAAUGAUAGGGGAGUUUGAUUCGGAACUGGAGGCGCACCUAAGAAGAAUACACACCCAAGAAGUUCGUAAUCCUUUCCUGGGGAAAACCAUUCAAAAUGAGAUUGUCCAGCUCCUGGCAACACAAAUCAAGCAGAAGAUUUUGGCACUCCUGAAGUCGGCAAAGUAUUACUCCAUCAUUCUGGACUGUACCCCGGACGGCAGCCAUGCUGAACAGAUGACAUUAAUGGUGCGUUUUGUUACUUCAGCCGCAUCUAGCGUAAGUGGGCCUGCCGCGGUGGAUGUCAGGGAGCAUUUCCUAGGGUUCAUUGACAUAGAUACGGCAGGGCCCGGGAUGACGAAUGUGCUUCUGCAGAAGCUGGAAGAAAUGGGAAUUGACCUUGUGGAAAUGAGAGGGCAAGGCUAUGACCAUGGAGCCAACGUGAAGGCGAAGAACAGUGGCGUGCAGGCACGGCUGCGGGAGUUAAACCCCCGUGCUUUUUUCCUCCCUUGCCAUUCCCACUCCUUGAGCUUGGUCGUCAGUGAUGCUGCCUCUGCUUGCGUUGAAGCUUCAGAAUGUUUUAAUGUAAUUCAGAGCAUCUUUGUGUUUUUCUCUGCAUCCGCAUGUCGGUGGCAGAUUCUGGAGCAACACUUGGGAACCUUCCCUCUUGCCAUGAAGACCCCGAGUGUGGAGCGAUGGGAAAGUUGCAUGGAGGCGGUCAAGGCCAUCCGGAACCAACUUGGGGAAGUGGACGAUGCCAUUGUUGCUGUGAUGGAGGACGGUGCUUUGACGGGAGCGGCAUAUAGCAAAACGAAGGCGGAAGGGAAGGGAAUUGCCAGCAAAAUGGGCAACUUCCAGUUCCUGUGUGGUCUGGUGGUGUGGCAUGAUAUACUGUCUGAAAUCAGUGUUGCAAGCAAGAGUCUCCAAGGGGUUGAUCAUCAUCUUUCCAUGACAAUACAGCAGCUUGAGAAAACAAAGUCAUUCCUCCAAUGUUACCGGUCAGACGAAGGCUUUGAAAGUGUCUUGCAAAAUGCCCGGGAGUUGGCAGAGGAACUUGAUGUCGAUGCUGCUUUCCCACCUGUAUGGGAAGUUGGGUCUCGUCACAGGAGGAGAUAUUUUGACUAUGAGGCACAAGGUGGUCCCAUCACCGACCCCGAACAAUAUUUCAAAGUUGAGUUUUUCCACCAAGUUUUAGACGGCACAAUCCAGUUGGUUGAAGAGCAUCUUCAGCAGCUCAAAGAACACCACCGGAUAUUUGGAGUGCUCUACAAUCUUCCGAAACUUGAGGAAACCCCACUUGACGUCCUGUGCCAGCAUUGUGUGGAACUAGAGAAAGCAUUGUCGCACGGUGACUCACAUGACAUCGACGCCGCUGAUUUGUAUGGGGAGCUGAGAUUACUGCCUGCGUCCCGUUGUGUAUCUGCAGACUCUGCUCCAAAGGAUGUCCUGAAGUGCAUCUGUGCAAACAAACUGGUUUCCAGCUUUCCAAACCUGUGUGUUGCCUUGCGCAUACUUCUAACACUCCCUGUAAUGGCUGCUGAUGGAGAGUGCAGUUUCUCAAAACUACAUCUCGUAAAGGCACACCUGCACUCUGAAGUGGCCCGGGAUCGGCUACCAGGCUUGGCAACCGUAUCCAUAGAACAUGAAGUGGCCCAGACUCUAGACCUCAAGCAAGUUGUCCGUGUCUUGGCAGCCAAGUUCCCGAGUUAGAUGAAGGCUUGGGCAGUUGUCCAUCCUCCCCAGUCUCCAGCUUACUGUAGGCAGACUGGAAGGGGUUGAGUUUGCUAUUUUGGAAGCUUCUGGAUUAGAGGAAGACUUUGAAAACAGAAGAUGACCUGCUGGGCCAUUGCCUCUCUCCUGUCCUCUUCCAGGGAACAAAAAGAUGAGGUGUCCAUGAGUCAAAGGUGGUUUGCCUCUGCACAGAGGCCUGUUCAGAGUUCAGGUAUUCUCUGGAAUCAUCCCUUGCCUGGAACAGAUGCUGCUCUCCUGUUAAGGCAAAUAAGACUCAGAACAGUUAAGACUACAAGGAGUUGCUUAACAGGUGGUGAGGAUGCAGUGAGCUUCUCUUCCUAAGAAAAAGGUUCCCUAAGUGGAAUAAACACUUUGGAGGUCUUGGAAGAUUCCUUGUCAAGAGCUCUGAAGAAACAGAAGAACAAAGAAGUUUCAAGAUUCCCCGGCAUGACUGCCAUUUCGGUGCUUUGGGCAUUGAGUUGGUGGCUUAAAGGUUUAAAGGAUUGUUUGGUUUUUAAACUAGCUAAUUUGUAGCCAGACAAUCAAACUUUCCUCUCGGCAACCCUUAAGUGAUGGCGCCUGACACAAUAGGGGCAUGACGCUGCUGUGCUGUUGUGGACUUUGAAAGGAGCAGCAGGACUGCAAAAGGGUGGCGGGUGGUGUGUGGAACCCAGUGGGGGAAGUUGUGAAAUUGCUGGUUGGGCAGCUGCCUCUUCUAAGCAAAGCUGAUUUUAAAAAAAUAAAUCUGGAUUUUAUCCAGCAUCUUGGCAGAAGAAAAGCCAUAUUUUAAAAUUGGUUGUGAAGCAGACCAUAUACAAUAAAGCUUUUAUUUGCUAUCCACCCCAUAACAAAUUUUGUUCCGGGUGACUUACAACAUUACAAAACUUUCAAUAGACAAGAUACCAGGUAACCUGGUAUCAAAGAUGGCGGCAUAUUUAACUAAAUAACAUACCUACAUCCAUUUUUACUUUGCCCACCUCUGCUCUUGUGGACCCCCCAGCUGUUGAACUACAACUCCCAUCAUCCCCACCAGCAGCUGGAUGGCCAAGUUUGCACACCUCUGCCUAAGAGUAUGCUGAGAAUAUCUUGGCUUGAGUCGUAUCGACACUUUCAGUCACCUAUGUUGAAGGAUAUCUUAUUUUCUUAUGUAUAUAUGCUAUUUAUUAUUUGCAUCAUGAUGUGAAGAUUUUUAUUCUGUAUGUGUUUUAACUUUUUGGUUACUGGUCAUUGACCGUAAUAAAGAUUAACUGGAGUGGAA